AGCAUUUUAGAGCGAGGGUCAGCGCGGCCCUCCUCGCACAUCUCUGAAGGCGAUGCCUCGGCCGGAGCAUCUCUGCCUGGGCGCGGUGGCAGCCUCUGCCGUGGGUCAUGUGGCGUUUGUGUCCAGCCGCGAGCCGCAGACGAGGAGGCCGCACAGGAUGCUGAGGGCCGGCGUGCAAGGAGAGCGUGCAAGUGAGAGGAACACAGGCGGCUCCGCGUUGCUGCCUGCGUGUUUGGGUGCCGGCGCCAUAGCCGCGGCCUCUCGGCGAGCAAGGAAUCCGCGCACAACGAUGCGAGCGGAGGCUGCUACCGACAUGUGGCAACCGCGGCUGACUGGCUGGACGCCGCAGGAGCUUGCGGCAGAGCGACAGCGUGCCCAAGCCUUGCCGGAGGAGCCAGGCUACAGUGGGCCACGGUAUACCGGCCCUGGCAGCAUCAACGAUGCGUUUCUGGACGGCCUCAUCCAGGCGCAAGAGCAGGGCCAGCUGCUCCCCAAGAAGGAUGCCUACUUGAUGGUCCUGGACAUCAUUGAAGUCCUCAAAUCGGAGCAGACCUUGGGCAAGGCUUCCAUUCCUCAAGGCAGUCAUCUCACGGUGAUCGGGGACCUCCAUGGCCAGUACUGGGACUUCAUGAACCUCCUGAAGAUGACUGGCAAGCCAUCGCCCACUACACCCUUCAUCUUCAACGGCGACUUCGUUGACAGAGGCUCCUGGUCGAUUGAGGUCAUCCUCACGAUCUUCGCCCUCAAGCUGAAGGAUCCAGCGGCGGUGUUCUUGAAUCGGGGCAACCACGAGAUGCUGGAGACCAACAUCCUGUACGGCUUUUGCGGCGAAUGCGGCGCCAAGUAUGACAUGGACCUCUUCAACCUGUUCUCGGAGGCCUUCCGAAAUCUCCCACUGGCGCAUCUGGUGGACGGGAAGGUGCUGGUCCUGCAUGGUGGGCUGCCGGGCCCGGACCCUCGGAUUUGGAUGCCUGGGCAGACGCACGACCCAACGGAUGCCAUCCCCAUGACAGCGCUGCCCACCUUGCAGGACAUCGCACAGGUGGAUCGCUACCUGGAGAUCACACCAGAAUCGUAUGCCCAGUCGAUUGGCCCCACCACCGACGACAAGGAGGUCAAUGACAUAAGAUGUCUGAUCGACAUCUUGUGGGGCGACCCGCGAGGUGGCGAGGGGUAUGGCCCAUCCUACCGUAAGGGUAAGGGCGUGUACAUGUUCGGCCCAGAUGUUACGGACACCUUCUGCCAGCUGAACAACUUGCAAUUCAUCAUUCGAUCCCAUGAGGUGAAGGCGGAUGGAUACAGGUGGGACCACAAGCAGCUUCUCAGCGUUUUCAGCGCCCCCAACUACCUGGAUACCGGCAACAACAAGGGCGCCUUCUUGAAGCUCACGAGUGCCGCUGACGGCAGCGUCGGCAUCGAGCCGAUGAGCUACACCGCGGUGCCGCAUCCGGACGUGCCACCCAUGAAGUGGCAGGAGCACAUCACCACCAACUACUCGCACCUCACCAGACUGAUGCGGAAGAAGAUGAGUGGCAUGGGCUUCGACGAGUUUGGUGACAGCGACUUCGAGGGCCUCAUGAACUUCGAUGAGUGGGAGCCCGACGAGGCCGAGCAGUUCCAGGAAGCCUUCAAGGUGGAUCAGUAUGGGCGAGACAUUUGAGUAGCUUGCAGUAAUUCGCCAGGCGUCCUCCCGCUCGCCACGCGUGUCAGUUGAGC